UACCGUCUACGGUCUAGACUAAUUUUUUUUUCAAAAAAAAAACAAAACCGUGCACUUACACCGUCUAUGACUAUGAGACUAUAUAGAUCUACUUAAAUAGUAUGUUAUAUGUAGAAUCUAUACUUAUACUACUAAUACUAGGUAAUUAAGCUGUCAGAUGUCUAUCUGCACAUUCAAAAAACAUCAUUUGACUGAUUUGAUUUAAUCAUUCUAGAUCCUAUAUAGAAUUUACAAAUUGUAAAAUGGAAAGGCAAAAGUCAAUUCUGGGAAGAAAGAAAAGAGGUCCAACUGCAGCCCCUGGAGAUUUCAUAGCACUUGGUAAGCAAUCCAAACCAAAUGACAAUGAAGUAAAACGUCCAACCAGUCCACAACAUAUGGUUUCACCAAGUGGGUCUUCAAGUUUAGCUAAAAAGCCUAAAUUGACUAUGCCAUUGUUUGGUUCACUUUCUAGAGGGCAUACUGAUGUCAUGAGUUCAAGUUCCUCCCAACAGUAUGAUGAAAUAGCUAUUAAUGUUGAACCUACGGAACUCUUGGGUGCCAUUUUAACUGCUGAGGAUGAGAUGAAUGAUGAUAGGGCUGAGGGUUUACUGUGCGGUGCUGUCAAACAUCUUCGUAGGGACAGAUCAAAACCUGACCAAGUUAUUUUCUUGACUUUAAUGUACCUGUCUAAAUAUAGACCUUCAUUAUUUACUACAGAGAUGGUCAUUGAAGCUUUCUGUGGCUUACUGAAAAGAGAAAUGUCUUUGACAUUUAAAGCGAAAGGAAACCCUUUAGUCUCAGUCUUGGCUUGUAAUGUGCUGAUGAAUGCUUUUGCUGAAGAAGAAAAUUGGCCAGAUAAUUUUGUUAAGGUUUUUGUUGAUGAUUCUCUGGGUGAACGAGUUUGGGUGGAUCGUGAGGACUGCAAAGCUUUUGUUGAGAACAUUCAGACAGCUUUUGGAACCAAGAAGUCAGCCAAACAUCUUUUGAUGACAACAGCUGAAGCUAUGAGAGGGGAAAACUCCGGCUCAGUCAGCCCAGCCCAAGUAGAUGAUGAAGAUUCUUCUUCUAAAAUGAGUGAUGGUGGAGAUGGAGACAGAUCUUAUAGCAACUCGGUUUCUAUACCAAGUAUUCCAAGGUUUCCUUACCAGCAAACUGCAAUAGAAACAUAUGUCUUAGACAUUAUUCGUGAAAUUUUAAAUCGUCGUCAACCUAUGGAUGCCUCUUCCCGCAAUUUGAUUAGAUUGAUGACCUCAACCAGUGGUUAUGGUGAGGUCAGAAAUAUGGCUGCACAACGUAUUGACAUGUGGCUACAGAAUCCUAAGUUGACUAGAGUUUCCCAAGAUUUGUUGCUUGCUGUGUGUACAAACUGUGAUAAACAUGAUACUAAUGAUCUAGAAGUGAUUGGACAUCUAACCAAAAUGAGAAUGAAAACUAAACCACUAAUAAACCAUUUUCUCAAUUGUAUGAGAGAACUCUUGUCUCAGCAUCCUGAAAAUCUCAGCAUGAUUCUCAACCACACAAUAUACAAUGAGCUAUCUACUUCAAGGAAUCCUAACAAUAUGGCUCUCUUGACACUUAUCUUCUCUCAUUCUUCUGAGGCAGCUGCUAAGAUACUGGCAGAAAUAUUUCAAGAUCUUCUGACCAACAAAGAUGACUAUUUAAAAGCACUGCGCAUCUUGUUAAGGGAAAUUGUCAGGUGCACCAGACUUGAUAUGAACUUCUCAACUUUUUGUUUGGGCUUGAUGCAGGAGAGAACAGAACAGAAAUUUGUUGACAUGGAUUACUCCCUGAAGGAAAGAUAUGUUCUGUCUAUUGCUGACCUGAUUUCCAUGGACAUUCUGCUGAGUGUAGGUCCUAAUGUAAGAGAAGCUGCUGCUGGUCUCAUGCAAGGAGAUCAUAAGAAUUUAGAGCUUAUUCAUAUUUUCAAAAAACAAGUUUCCAUCAUUCAAAGAGAUUCAGUUUGGUGGCUUCACACUAUAGUGCCUAAAAUAGUGGAAUUGAAAAAUGAUGUUUAUUUACAUUGUUUAAAGAAAGUGUUGUUCUUAGAAUCAGCUGAGCAUUAUUACAAUAAAGACAACUGGCCAGCAGAGAGUGAGAGAAGCUUGAUGCUGCGGUUAGCCUCGGAAUCUCCCGUGAUGGAAGAUACCUUAAUGAGAUUGCUUGUGAUUGGCUUACUGAGAGAGCUGCCCCUGUCUGCACCUGACGCUGUGGAGCUAGUGGAUCAGUUAGUCUGUCGAGCUGCCACUUUGUAUUAUGAUUUGGGACUUGUAGAUGUGCUACAGAUGGAGAGACUAGAAUUCAUUGAUGCCCUACUCAAUUUAUGUGUCUACAAACAUCCGGAGAAUAUAGUCCUGCCAUCUGGAUAUACUGCACCCAAUUUGGCCAUCGCAGGCUUGAUGUGGAAGGCCUGGUUAACCCUUGUAAUUAUCACAGCUUAUAACCCAACUGUUUUUGGUGAAACAGCUUGGCUGAAGUAUCCACAGCUUCAAUCCCUAAUGGAAAUGGUUAUGACCAAUAACUUCACAUUUCCUCUCCCGACUGCAGUGACUGAUGAAAAUAUGAUAGAGGAAUAUAGAGCUAGAGAGCGACAAAUUCGCCAACAAGAAAUACAUUUAAUUUUAGAAUUUGAAACCCACUUAGCCGCUGCCACUAGUAAGGUCACAAUAACUGAAUCUAACAGCCUAUUGAUUGGACAGCUCAUUAACAAUGACCCUACAGGACCCGCCAGAUUUCCCCCAGCUGAAAUUUUAGAACAACUCAAGUCACUGAAUCACUCCCUUAAAUUAGGUCAGAUGCUGUGCAGAAGUCGAAACCCUGACUUUUUGCUGCGGAUAAUCAAUAGACAGGGCACAUCUCAGUCUAUGCCUUGGUUAGCUGAGCUGGUGGACUCAAGUGAAGGCUCCCUAGAUGUACUCCCUGUCCAGUGUUUGUGUGAAUUUCUUCUUCAUGGUCCUGGUCAAGCAGCAUUGGUGUCUGAUGUGGAGGACAUUUUUGGUGGAGACAGGGGCAGGCAGAAACAAAAAAAUCAGAAACACCAACAGCUUUUAUCAAGACUCCAAGAUCUGGUUCACAGUACAUCAACUGAAUCGAAAACAAUGAAAGAAGUCUUAGAUUAUUUUCUGCAACGCUUGUCAUCUUACCAAGCUGGGACUCGGCAACAGGCUGUCAAGGGCCUAGCAGCAGUUGUCAAAUCAAAGUUUUCAUCUGAUGGAGAAGAUGAAUCUAUGGAUGUGGAUAUACAACAGAAUAGUGAUAAUGAUUGGUUGUUAGUUCAUAUGACUUCCCUACCUUUAUUUGAUGAAGUCAAAGAAUCUCUGUGUCUGGCUUUAAGGAAGGCUUGUCAAGUAGAAACUGAUCCCGAACGAAUCAAUUCCUAUAUUCUGUUUUUGUCCCAAUACGCUCUUGAAGAACCGCAGCAGACUUGGAAUGACCUAGUUUUGGAUGUGGCCCAGGUGUUGGUUGAGAGAACAUCUAUACUAAAUCAUAUUCUCCCUGACAUGGUAGCCAGUCCAUCUGAACAACAUUGUCAAACUCUAAAUGCAUUCAUUCGUUUGUUUCUUGUCUACAUGCGUUAUGCUCGCAAGGAGGAUAAAGAUACUUUUAGCUGGUCUAAUACACAAGACCAAAUCUUGCUCCAGUGGGAGUCUGGUCAGUCUGCUACUGUCCAUGUCCUUGUUGUACAUGCUAUGAUUGUCUUGUUAACUUAUGGAAAGCCUAAAGCGGAUGCCAAAGAUCCAGAAAACAGAUUUUAUGAUGAACUCUUUAAUAUGUGGAUUCAGGAAAAUAAUAAAAUGCCAUCUGGAUAUCUUUUGGACACAUCAGAAGAAGCUUUGUUGUUACCUGAUUGGUUGAAACUGCGUAUGCUACGAUCUUUAGAUGAACGCCUGGUUAGUGCAGCAUUGACAGAGGUGGAGCCCAGCCAACUAGUUUUGUUUGUCCAAUCUUUUGGAAUUCCCGUAUCUAGCAUGUCACGUCUGCUGGCUGCUCUUGACCAGGCAGUAGCUAGUGACCCAGAGAUGAUGUCUCAAGCUGUAACUGAUACAGCCUACAUGGCAAACUUGGUUGACAUUCAGCAUGCAAGAGGAGCCACAGGUGGCCAGUCUUUUUAUCAAAUGCUGACCAAAAACAAGGAAGUAAAACAAACAGAAAAGGCCAAAAAUGAAGAAGAACUGCCAACUCAAAAUGUCUGGAAUAUUAAUAGUUCAGGAGAGCUCAUACUUCCUAAUUCUGUUGACAAAUUGGCUAGGCUUUUAGAUCAGAUUUUUUCAGAUUCUAUAAGUAAUGAGAGUGGAGCAAGUAAACUGUACCACUGCUUGCUUCAGGCUGUAGUCAAUGACAAAAGUAAAGCUGCCACUAUUAUUAAAGCUCUUGACAGCCUGCUGAGCUCAUCUAAACGCGAACAUUUUGCUCACAAACUUUAUACCAGUACACACAAGUCAUGUCCAAUUCUAAAGACCCUCAUAGUUAAACAGCCAGAUUUACAUUUUGAUUUGCUUCCUGUCAUGGAAAAAUUACACAGUUUGGGAAUGGCUCAAAAGUCAUUCCUAGGUCAAAAGUCAUUCCUAGCUCCUCUGGUUACCCAGUUCUUGUUGGCUAAUAUGAAAUCAAAGCCAAUACAGACUUCAACCAAUAAACUAGUUCAGGACUUCAUCAACAAGUGUACCCAAAGAAAUAUCAGCCCUGAAAUAUUGUUAGAAGCAAUGAAAGAACUGAACAGCCCAGAGAGUUUGGAACAAGCUGUGAAUCAAAUGAUGGAGACAUUCCUUGCCCAAGGCAGAUGUGCUCAAGGCACUCAACUUGUGUGUCGAAUGUUAUCUCAAGAUGUCAAUAUUACAUCACUGAGUCCCACAUCUGCUGUCUUGUUGGUUGACUGGAUUUCUCUCUUGGAUCCUGAAAUAGUUCACUUAUGUCCAGAGUUGGAAGAACAAUUAAUAUUUGCUAGCAGACUGAGUCAGAUGCAGACAGCAGCCAAGAGAAACACUGCAGCAUGUGUUCCUAGUCCUGCUCACCUCUUGGCUCUGUUAACCCAUCAUACCAGUUGGGAGACCUUGACUGGUUGUUUGGUACGUUUACUGCAGCCUCAUCACAUUGAGAGGUUUGAUCCAACAUCAGUGCUUGACUUUGUUUGGGCCUGUGGCCAUGUUCCGAAAAUCUGGCAAGGAAGGGAGAAAAGAACUCUAGAGAUUGAAGAGAAGGAAGAUGUACUAUGUUUGACAUCGCAGCAGAUGUGUGCUGUGGUUGAUUUGAUUCUAAGUGAAGCAGAAGUGAUACACAAAGAGACUUCAUUCUCUAAUCAAAUGCCCUCUUUCAAGAAAGCUCGAACAGAUUUAUUACUAUCUUGUAUUUCUGAUAACAUGAAGCGAGUUGUUGCUGUUGUGGAUCAUUUGCAAAAAUUAUUUGCAGUCUCUAGCGGCUUGAAGAAGAAAUGUGUUGUCAGUCUAGCCACAAACCUCUACCUCCAGUUUCCUUAUAUUCAGUCUUGGUUAGCAGAAGAGAGUCCCCUCUUGUCUGAGUUGAUGUCUAGUCACACUGUUCAGUCACAGCUGGAUACAAUAUCCCAUCGACUGAUAACAAGCCUAGGAAUGAUUGGAAACAAAUUAAAAAUACAAUCCAGAAUGUAUGAUGCAAAUAUUGCUUGUAGAAAAAUGGCAGCUCAUCAUCCAGCUAUUUUUCUAAGACAGCUGCCUCUUAUUGGAGCCAUUCUAUCUGGACAGUCUGAAUUCACUGCAGGAGAAAUGAGACAUACCAACCGUCUGUUGUUGUAUACACAUGUCUUAGGUCUAAUUGAACUGCUGCAGCCUCAUGUGUACAGACCUGAACACUCUGGCCUGGAAGACAUUCUAGGCUCAUUCUUUUCUCUCAUGCAACUCCAUGGAGAAGAGAAAGCAUUUGGUUCCCAAGUCCACAAGUUUGUUCAAAUACUUCAGAAUUUUCUAACACAAGAUCCAUCAAGAGCAUUGCCUUUACUACAGAAACAGUUAAAUUUGUUAAGUAACCUUUCAUUAGUGUAUCCUGACAUGAUUGAACUGAAAGCUCUACUGACCAACUUAACCUUGCCCAGACAAAGCGAAUCAUCUCAGAUAACUCCACCUAGUGUUCAGUCUGUGUGUAUGAACCCUGGCUAUACUUCAGCUCAACUCAUGCCACUUUAUGCACAACUGAGGACAAACUCAUUAGAAGAAGUGCAGUCUGCUCUUCAAGAAUUAGAUGAAAUAUCAAAACGCAAAAUUGAAAUUUUAUCUUACUUUGAGAGCCAACUGAGUUAUUUAAUGAACUCACCUUGGGAUCAGUGUAGAGAGGUGACCUUCACCUUGAUUCUAAGGAGGUUAAGACAAAAUCCUAAGAAGGCUGAACAUUUUGUCAACACUUUUCUGGACUGCUUGGACUCUGAUAAUCCUAAUAUUGUUGCAUCUGCCUUAAAGAACCUGGCAGAAUUUGCAGCACUUUGCCAGGAAGAAGCACCAAGUCUACUACACAAGGCUUUUACUGUCAGUAUCAAAAAGUCAAUAGACUCCAGCUCUUACAUUAGUGAAGCUUUACAGAUGAUCAACUUACACUCGGCCACUGUUAUGUAAAAUUAUGGGGACGUCCGUAUGUCCAGCUACACUCAUCAAGACUUAUCCAUCUAUUCUUGUCACUCAGUCAUUGUCAAGAACAUUUUGACCUUUCAGAAUACACUCAGUGACUGUAUGUAAUGAAUGGGUCAGCCUACACUCAGCUAGUGACAUUAGACAUUCACUCAGCUUAAGAUUUGCACUGUACAGAUGUCAUAUAUAUCUAACCUUUUAAGAUUUUAUUCAUGUAAUAAAUGUAUGUAACUUCAUAACUGUUUAAUGUUGUACAGUUUUCAUUUGUUCAUUAAAUUGAUUUCUCUUGUUAA